AGCCACCUGAAAAAUCGUCACCGGGCUUAUUAGGUAACACAAAACCAACACUGCUUCCCGCGCGCUCUAUGCUGAUCUCGAGUUUUGCGGCUAUUGCUUGCUAUUGAUGAUCGCAAUCAAGACGACGGCUAUUUAGGAACCAAUAAACUCUCUCUCUCUCUCUCUCUGUAAUCCGUAUCGCGUUCGCUUAGGCUCCCCGAGAUGAUUAGCAAUGGUGGUUCUUAAACCAAUCUUCACGUGGGCCGUCUUCCCAACAUGCUUGUUUAUCUUCCUCUACUCCAGGCUCCUUUCUCUCCACCCACAACCUCAACCCUCGGUUCUCUCUCCCCGUCCCCCACCUUGCGAUCUCUUCAACGGCCGCUGGGUCAUUGACCCCAAUCGCAGACCCAUGUACGACGACACCUGCCCUUUUCACAGGAACUCUUGGAACUGCAUCAGGAACAAGAGACUCGACAUGGCUCGGAUCAAUUCGUGGAAAUGGGUCCCCCACAGGUGCGACUUGCCGCGCAUCGACCCUUCAAGGUUUCUGGAUCUGAUGCGGAACAAGAGAAUUGGGUUCAUUGGGGACUCCCUGAAUGAGAAUUUCUUAGUGGCUUUUCUUUGUGUUUUGAGGAGUGGUGAUGUGGGUGCCACUAAGUGGAAGAGGAAAGGGGCUUGGAGGGGUGCUUUUUUCCCCAAAUUCAAUGUUACUGUGUCGUACCAUCGCGCUGUGUUGCUGGCCAAAUACGAGUGGCAGCCAAAAGACUCAUCAGUAUCUGAUCAAGAUGGCUUGAAGGGAAUAUUUCGAGUAGAUGUUGAUAUUCCAGCAGAUGAUUGGGCUAACAUUACAGACUUCUAUGAUGUCCUUGUUUUCAAUACAGGCCACUGGUGGGGUUUUGAUAAGUUCCCAAAAGAGAAACCUCUUGUUUUCUAUAAAGGUGGGCAACCCAUAGUUCCACCCCUGCAGAUGCUGGAUGGACUUAAAGCUGUUCUAGAUAGUAUGGUUUCUUACAUACAAAAUGAAUUUCCAAGAAAGACACUCAAGUUCUGGCGAUUGCAGUCUCCAAGACAUUUUUAUGGUGGAGAGUGGAAUCAAAAUGGUAGCUGCUUGUUCAAUGAACCGCUUGAUGCACUCCAGCUUGACUUGUGGUUUGAUCCAAGCAACAACGGAGUGAACAAGGAAGCAAGAUUAUUGAAUCAUGUAAUUGAAGAGGCUGUACAAGGCACUGAUAUUCAAUUACUUGAUCUGAAUCAUUUAAGUGAGUUCAGAGCAGAUGCGCAUCCAGCAAUUUGGUUGGGUCAGAAGGAUGCGGUGGCAAUCUGGGGUCAGGACUGCAUGCAUUGGUGCCUGCCGGGCGUCCCAGACACAUGGGUUGAUAUCCUGUCCCAACUGAUCCAUCAGGGCUUGGAGACUCAUCAGACUCUGCAACAGUGACUUGGAAAUGCUUGAUGAUGUCAGACAAUGUAAGGCCUGGAUGAUCACCAUCCCCACCCCCCUCAAUUUUCCUGUCUAAGAAGGCAACAGAACAUUAAUGUGGAAGAUCAGCUUCUGAUACAGAAAUGAUUAGGAGAUUUGAAUUGUGUAAUAUUUCGAAGACGAUUGGUUGUUACCUAUUUAUUUUCAAGUUUCUGAUAUAUAUUUGUUCAUGAGCAUCAUACUCGGAAAUUUUAAUUCUUAAUCUGCUAGAGAGAGACAACUAUACGUGACC